AUGGAGGAUCUCAUGACUCGCGCAGCCGACGCAGCCCUCUACCCGCUGCAUGUCUUGCAACGCCAUAGCAAGAUUCUUGGCAUCGUCGGUGAGGCUGCACUGCCUACAUUGCCCAUGUCAGGUGAAAGCUGCACGCAUCGAGUCAGCUCUGCCACCGAUCUGGAGCCGUUCAUGGCGGAUUCGCUAAUACUGGAGGUACUGUUCACGUGGUGCGUGCGUGUCCGUUGCUCUCUGUCGCGCACUUUGAAGCGACAUUGCCUUGUUGUAAAGAGUGUUUCUCGCGGCAUCGCGUUCUCUGCCCUUCUCGUGCGAGACUCCAGCGACGCGAACCCCGCAGAAACAGUGUGGACAGAUGUGGAGCGCUGCACAGAGCUGUGGAAGACUCCGUCCCCAGGUGACCGCACGGAAACACUGCAUGUGCACAUGAUGAGCGUGCCGGAGGUGCCAGACACCAUUUCCACUACGCUAGAUGACAUGCCUAGCACCUCUGCAGCAGCGCCGGGGUGUAGUCAUGUCACCACUCGCGUCCUUCUCGGGGACUCCCCCAGCGAAAUCGUGAUGGGGAUUCGGCAACUUUUCGACAGGCUUCUCAGCACUGAGGCGGAGAGCCUUUCCGGCACGGAGGUGUGCUGGCCUGCCUGCAUGCUGUUCCCUGUGAACGUACACACCCGUGAUGACGAGAAGCGGCGGGCAGAGCACGCGGCGCUGCUGCUGCCGUAUCAGGGUCUGCUGCACCAUGAAAAUGCCGUUCAAGUGUGGUCCACGUGGGAAGACCUGCGCCAGCAGCACGAGGCAAACAAGGCUUUUGUCUUCCGUACUGGUGAGGCGUGGGAGCGGCACCUCGCCACCACUCCGCACACUGACCUCACUCCGGCAUCCGCGCCGUCCCUGCCCGGGGCUGAGACGGUUUUGACCAGCGGAGCCUACGAUUACUACCACUACCGUGUUGAUGGCUUCCGCGAUGAUGGUUGGGGCUGUGCCUACCGUAGUCUGCAAACAGUCCUUUCCUGGUUUCAACAUGCGGGUCUCAUACGCGCCGUCAUGCCAUCCAUCCGGGAAAUUCAGGAGAUUCUUUAUGUGGUGGACCCGGACAAAGCAAACAAGAAAGCCUUUGUGGGCUCGUGUGACUGGAUAGGCAGCUUCGAGAUUAUGCUGGUGUUGCAGCAUUACUUGCCAGGCCUAGAGUGCACCAUCAGGCGUCUAGAGAGUGGAAAAGACCUGGACACGGAUUCCUCGGUGCAGUUGCUGCUGAUGGAACACUUCCGCAACCCACUCGCCCCGCCGGUGAUGAUAGGGGGCAGCAGCUACGCACACACGAUCCUUGGCGUCCACAUAAACCUCCACACAGUGGAGGCGCAGUACCUGAUCCUCGACCCGCACUACUCCGCCUACCCGACACAGCUCAAGACGGUCAUCAAGAAGGGCUAUGUGGGAUGGAAAGAGGCCUCGAAGUUCUUUGAGGCGGGCAGCUGGUACAACUUAUGCAUCCCACGCGUGAACCUGUUCGAUCCUCGAUGA